AUGAUGACUGAAGGUGUUCAGCUACCCAAGGCGGGGAACUCACGAAGCACAGGUGUUUUCAGCGAUGGGGAUUACUAUCCUGUUCCUUCUCAGAAGGUGAUUACAUAUGCAAAGGAUACCGGGGACCGGAGUAUUCGGCAAAUAAUAGCAGCAGACCUGAAUGCUCUGAUUGUUAGUUUAACUUCCCCCUUGGACGACGUUGAGUAUGAAUUAUUUGCGGAUUUUUUUCUUAUUUACAGGAAUUUUAUAUGCCCUGAUGGACUAUUGGAUCUUUUGGUGAAGAGGUUUAUGUGGUGUAUGGAGGAGCUAUUGAAUGGAGUUGAUGAGGAUCAUAGGGUAAUUGGGCAGAUAACUCUUGUUAGGACGUUUGUGCUUAUCAGACAUUGGGUGAUCAAUUAUUUUGCCCAGGAUUUUUUGCAAAAUUUAGAUCUUAGGGAACGAGUUAUAACGUUUUUGAAUUCGCUAUAUCAAACUGGGACUGAACUCCCCAAGAUCAUCACGAAUAUUAUUGUGAGUUUGAAAAAGAGUUGGGUAUACACCGUGAGAUUUAUGUGGGAUGACGCUGACCUCGAGAAGGAAUUUUCAUUAAAUUCUUUUGGAAGUUGGUUGAGGUUUAAUAUUAUGGAUGUUACCAAGUUGCAAACUGCGAAAGGUGAAGCCAGGGAUAGUAGGUUAAGUUUCUAUGCUUUGCAAAGCAGCACUAACCCCAGUUUUCGCAAUGAGAGUAUUUUGUCUCUCUAUAAGCCUAAAGACAACUUUCAACUCCCAACUAGGAACAAAACAUUUAACUUGAAGCAUGGUAUACGCAUUAAGAAACGUACCGCCAGUAUGUUUUUGUAUCCGCAGGAUAAUUUGAGUGCGUGUUAUUGGGCAAAUAAGUCAGAUACUUCAGGAGGUAAUAAAUGUUCUUUUGCUCAAGCACAGAAAAGGAUUUUGAGCCACAUCUCCAAUGCCACUAAUGUAUCUACUGUUAUUAAGGAGGUGGCCUAUCCGAGCUCUCCAAAAGUGGAGAGUGUAAUCCCUCCAACACCGUCAAAGGGUCUAGAAUUUAUAUUAAAUUCGUCUUGUCCCUUAACAGCGCCGUUUAACAAUGACAAGUUUUCACAUAAAUUUAAGCCAAAGUAUCAUCAAGGUUAUCGUAUUAUUGCAGGUUUGAUUUCAAAAUGGAAGAUGAAUCAUUCAUUUAGAAAUAAAGGAGGUAAUGUAUCAAAUAACGUUGAACCAGAGAUGAACAAUUUGAUCAAGUAUGUGUUUUCAAUCACUUCUUUAGAUUACAGUCGAAACGAUAUGCGUGAAAUUAGCGAGUCAGUUCCGUCAAAGUUUGAUAUAUUAAGCGCAAGGACAAUUGAAGAAGUAGAAUAUCUAAUAACUGUUGAAAAUGAGAUAGUGGACAAGUUGGAGCCUAGUGAUGCCGAUAUAAGUUAUUCUGAGACUAGAAAUAUCCUGGGCCCUAUAAAAAAUUAUGAAGCUUUCCGAGGACACAAUGUUAUUGACAACUUGAAUUUAUAUAAUACAGUGAACACAAUUGCCAAUUCAGUUAUCUCUUUAUCUCGUUCUGUUUCCCUGAAACAACAGAAUGCCAUGUCACCAUCUUUACCUGUUUUAGAACCCAGGCGACCUCAUUCAUUAGCCACUUUUCGUUCCGAUUCUUCGAAAAUGUUGCUCACUGACGCUUUACUUGGAACACGGAGGCAUGGUGAACUUAAUAAAUUAAUAUUUUCUGAAAAUGAUACUCAUCGUAAGCCAGGUUCGAAAAUACCUUCUUUUAAGACAAAUACACUUGAAACUUCAGGCUGCGAUAACUUGGAAGAACAUAGUAAAAGCUCUUUCAAUAUACCAAGCAAUUGUGACGUUAAUGGAGAUUUUGGGGAAUCCUUCAUUUCAAAGAUUACUUAUGAUUCCCAGACAAAUGAUGUCACCAUGGACAAAACUUGUGUUAGGGAGAAACAUCCUCAUUCUAUUUCCAAAUACAAUGCACAAAAUCUCAACAGAAAGACGAAUCAUCCCAAUCUUCGGGAAUUUAUGUUUGAAACUUCUAUACCUGAAGUCCCAACGUUGAGCUCAAAGAACAACAAGUCCUCAAAUAUUGCUGAACUUAAUAAGUGGAACGAAUCUAAUGACGCAGACUUGGAAAGCAUUGCGGGACACAAAAGUUCAGUAUCCGCCAUCUCUCUCGGUGAGGAUAGCAGUGUGCCUGAAGGACGCCUUUUCAAGAGGAAAUAUAUUAAGCAGCCUGUGCUCCUUCAGGUAGAGGCCAGCGAAAGUGAGCCUACGAGUGACUUUUCAUCACCUAUUGGAUUGAGAGGCUCUGCGGAUUCACUUAUUCGUAAAACUAUGCCAUCUCCUAUACCUGUCCCGCCAAAUACCGUGACUCAAAAUGCCUGUGUAAGUCCAGCUAGUGGUCGAAUUAGUAUCAUUAAAAAGCCAGGGAUAGGACCUAGACGUUCUCCAAUAACCCAGUCACCUGUAGUUACUAAUGACCCUAGUUUCAUAGAACGUGAUUCAGUGUUUGCACAACACGAGGCUAGUUUGACUGCACUAGAAGAAGACUUGAAGCACAGUAUUGCGGUUUCAGAAUUAUUGGGCUUUCCAAUAGAAAAGUCUGAAACGAAAUCCACCAUUUCAACAGCUAUGCUGCUUGCAUCUGCCCAAGCCAGUCCUCGAAAACAAAGCAUAUUAAAUGAAUCAAUUGAAGAAGAAGUAUCUCUUGAGAUAUCUGAUCCUAGGUUGAUAAACUUAUCAUCAACGCCUAGUAUUCAGUCUCUAAUAAGCAAUGGUAUGUCUCUGAAUUCUGCUGAUUCGAUUGAAAUUCAGUCUUUAUCCUCGAACGCUGCAUCACAGGCGUCUAAUAUAUCUCGUGAUAGAUUCAAUAGAUCCAAGUUUGUCAGUCAUGCGGAUUCUUUAUUGAGUUACAUCAAUGAAAAUGGUAAUAAGUAUAUAUUUUCUACGGAGGUUGAGCUAACAGAAGAGACGUCCCCUAAGAGGGAUAUGGAAUACUUAAAAACAAGGUUUAUGGGACAAAAUGAAAGUGAUCACGAAAUAGAAAGUAGCCCGGAUCUAGACAUAUCUGAUAUGAUAUCAACUUUGAAACGGGUAAAGAUUGCUCCAUUUCCAUCUUCAAGCCCACCUACAAAAUAUCCAAUCGAGGAGGUUACGAUAGAUAAAGUACCUAGUACUUCACAGGCUGCCCCUUCUGGAAAUUCAGAUCCAGUUGCUCUCGCAUUGAUGAAACUUGAAGGGACAUUCGCUAAGACAGCUGAACGUCGCAAGGAUGGAAUUAGCAAUCCUGGUAGCGCGAACAGCAGCAUUUUGGCAAGAGAAGUUGAGAAUUUAGAAAUAGCAGGGUGGCAUAUACCACCAACAACCAAUACAAAUAAGAGACAAUCUAUGUUCAUUGAGCGCAGGAGAACAAUGGCAGAGACAUCAUAUUCUGAUACAUGUGAUCAAUCUCAAAGGUCAUUCAACAGACAGAUCCGUGAGCUUUUAGAAAAUUACAAAGUUCAAGACACCCGCCUCAAUAUCUCAAAUAAAGAACAGCAUGUUCCUUUUAUUCUAAUGUAUGAUUCAUUGUCAAUAGCCAAGCAGAUGACUCUUAUUGAACGCGAAGUAAUGAGCGAGAUAGACUGGAAAGAUCUUCUAGAUUUAAACAUGAGAAAAUCUUUACCAAAGAUUACAAGCUGGUUGCAACUGCUACUUUACAAUGAAGAGUUUUCAGGUAUUGACCUUGCAAUUGCAAGAUUUAACUUGACAGUGGAUUGGAUAAUCUCCGAACUCGUUAUGACAGUGGACUCCAAGUUAAGAAGAAACGUUAUUCAAAGGUUAAUUCACGUUGCUGAACAUUGUAGGAAAUUCCAGAACUACAAUACAGUGAUGGAAAUCGUGUUGGCUUUGAAUUCAGUUGUUGUACAAAAGUUUACCGACUCAUGGAGGCUGGUCGAGCCUGCUGAUAUGCUGACAUGGAAAGAAUUGAAAAGCAUUCCAAGCUUAGAUCGUAAUUACCAUAAUAUAAGAGACAUGUUGAAUAAAAUAAAUCCUAUUAACGGUUGUAUACCAUUCCUUGUCGUUUAUCUAUCGGACCUGGCUCUGAACACUGAAAAAAGAGAUUGGAUUAUCCCAAACAAAGUUGUAAACUACAAUAAAUUCCAAACAAGUGUACAAAUAGUCAAGAAUUUUAUACAAAGAGUCCAAUGGGCAAAGUUUUACGAUAUUGAGCCCGAUGAAGAGUUACUCAGUAAAUGUGUCUACAUAACCUCGUUAACCCAUGAGGAAAUUGACCAUCUAACAGCAUUUUAA